AAAACAACAUCUUAAAGUGAAUAUGUGACUAAGUGCAAACAGAAAAUCCAAGAAAAGACAGCAAAAUAUUGCACGAAAACUUCAAAUCGAGAACGAACUGGGGGAUGGGGGGUUGACUCAGGAUGAAAGUUACUAAAUGACAACUUGCUAAAGUCCACCAAUCCCCAAGCUUGGGCAAGCAAGACACCAACACCACCAGCAAGUCCCAGACACACAAACCACGACACACACAAACACCACCCAGCCAGGUCAGUACAUCGAUGAGAAUCGACACCGCGAAAAAGAAUCGACGCGCUCGGAUCGACGCCGGCGAGAGGAAUCGAUCCGCCACAUGCUGCUGUCGGCUCUUCGCGUUGGGCUCCGUCCGCUCCGUCUCCUCCUCCUCAAUUCGCCGCUCCGUCUCCUCCGUCCCGCUCCGUCGUCUCGCCCGCUCCGUCUCCUCCUUAAUUCGCCGCUCCGUCUCCUCAGCGCCGUCUCCUCAGCGCCGCCGCCGCCACUAACGACGUCUCCUCCUCAACUCGCUCCCUCGACCCCCGCGAGUUGCAGCGUCGUCAGCCCGGGCAGAGCGAUGGGUCCGUCGCACGUGAAGGACGCUGGCGUCGUCCCGGAGAUUCUGCUGCGCUGGAACGUGGCGGCAGCGGAGGUGGACGGCCUCACCGACGAGGUGAUCGCCGCCGCCAAAGCGGCGCACGACGCCGUGGCGGCCGUGCCGCUGGCGGACGUCACCGUCGCCAGCGUCCUCAAGCCCCUCGCCGACUCUGCCAACGCCUACGCCGUCGGGCGCAACCAGCUGGACUUCCUGCAGCACGUGUCUCCGUCGCGCGCCGUGCGCGAGGCCAGCACGCGCGCCGACAAGCGCCUGUCGCUGUUCGACGUGGAGGCGGCGAUGCGCGAGGACGUGCACCGGCGCCUCGCCGCGCUGCAGGCGCGCCUCCUCGCCCGGCACGCCGGCGACGACGCCGAUGCCGGCGGCGUCAUCACCGCCGAGGGGCGGCGGCUCCUGGACCGCCUCGUCAAGACCGGGCGGCGCAACGGGCUGCACCUGCCGGGCGACAAGCAGGCCGAGAUCAAGGCGAUCAAGGAGAAGAUUUCCAGUCUGUGCAUCGACUUCCACACCAACCUCACCGAAGACAACUCCUUCCUGGAGUUCACCACUGAAGAGCUGAAGGGGAUGCCCGCGGACUUCGUGUCGUCGCUGGAGCAGGCGGAGGGGGGCGGCCGCCUGAAGGUGACGCUCAAGUACCCGCACUACUUCCCGCUCAUGAAGAAGUGCAGUGUGGAGGAGACGCGCGCUCGCAUGGAGCGGGCCUUCACCUCACGCUGCCUCGAGGCGAACACGCGGAUCCUGGAGGAGCUGCUGAGGCUGCGCUGGCGCAAGUCCCAGCUGCUGGCGUUCGCGUCGCACGCCGACUUCGCCGUCGAGCUCAACAUGGCCAAGACGGCGACGGCCGUCAACCGCUUCCUGGACGAAUUGGCGGAGCGUCUGGCGCCGCUGGGAGCGGCCGAACGCGCCGAGAUGCUGGCGCUGAAGCGGGAGGAGACGGGAGGAGGAGGAGGGGAGGUAGCGCUGCACGCCUGGGACCUGCGCUACUACGCGACCCGCGUCGAGGAGGAGAGGUUCACGUUGGACCACGACGCCCUGCGGCAGUACUUCCCCCUGCAGGUGGUGACGCGGGGCCUGCUGGGCAUCUACGAGCAGCUGCUGGGCGUUCGCUACGAGCUGCGCGAGGAGGGGGGGGGGGCGUCGGGGGCUUGGCACGAGGAGGUGCGGCUCUACCGCGUCACCGACGCCGCCUCCCAGCGCCUGCUCGGUCACUUCUACCUCGACCUGCACCCACGCGACGGCAAGUACGGCCACGCCGCCUGCUUCGGGCUGCAGCCGGGCUGCCUGCUGCCCGGCGGCGAGCGGCAGCCCGCCGUGGCGGCGAUGGUCGCCAACUUCAGCCGCCCGUCGUCCGCCGACGUCCCCGCGCUGCUCACGCACAGCGAGGUGGAGACCUUCUUCCACGAGUUCGGACACGUCAUGCACUCGGUCUGCGCGCAGGCUGACUACGCGGCCUUCAGCGGCACCCACGUGGAGCGCGACUUUGUGGAGGCGCCGUCGCAGAUGCUGGAGAACUGGGCGUGGGAGGCGGCGCCGCUGGCGCUCAUGUCGGGACACGUGCGCGACGGCGCGCCCGUGCCCCCCGAGCUCGUCCGCCUGCUCGCCGCGUCGCGUCUCGCCAACGUCGGAGUGUUCACGCUGAGGCAGGUGGUGCUCAGCAAGCUGGACCAGGUGAUUCACAGCGGGGAGAUCGCCGACACGGCGCGCGAGUACGCACGCCUCUGCUCCGACAUCAUGGGCAUCCCUGCCACCCCAGGUGGGCGCACGCACACGCACGUACAUGCACGCACACACACACACGCACACACACACGCACGCGCACACAUACACGCACACACACACGCACACACACGCGCACACACACACACGCACGCACACACGCACGCACACGCGCGCACACACACGCACACACACGACAACAACAACAACCGCCAUUCGCCACUAAGUGGCGGUGACGUCACCACGACGCUUGUGCCAGGCUAGGUGCACCUUGAGGCCACGUGAAGUGUCGAACGCCCGCUGGCAGGAGGUCACGGGGCAGACCCAGCAGGUGCCAUGGGUCGACCGACUGAGAUGACCGAGAUGACUGGCUGAUGCACCACCUGUGCCCCCUACUGUGCCAACUUGCUGUGCUUUAGCCACCCGGCGCUCCGCUCGCACGCACACGCACACACACGCAUGCUACCACACACACGCACGCACACGCAGGCACACGCACAUACACGCACACACGCACAGGCACGCACGCAUGCAGGCACACAUGCACACGCACGCACAGGCAUAUAUACACACAUGCACACG